GAUGACGUCAGCGCAAGGGAAGCCGGACCGGAGCCGCAGGAUGACCGUGAGUGACCUCGGAAGGCGAGCGGCGGGGGCGCGGAGCUGAGCCGAGCCGAGCCGAGCCGAGCCGAGCGCGAUGGAGAGCAAAGCCCGAGCUCAGCCCCGGGCCGCCGCGGGUAGCCCCCCGGCCGAGCCGUGCGCCAACGGGCUGCAGAACGGCUUCCACCCCAGAGCCGACGGCAGCAGCCUGGAGCAGGAGCACGGCUCCCCCGCGAAGAAGUGCCGCAUCCGGAGGAGGCUGGAUUCCGGCAGGAGAAACAGACCGCCUUUCCCUUGGUUUGGAAUGGAUAUUGGUGGAACCCUUGUCAAGCUUGUGUAUUUUGAACCAAAAGAUAUCACAGCUGAAGAAGAGCAGGAGGAGGUGGAGAAUCUGAAGAGUAUUAGGAAGUACUUAACCUCUAAUGUAGCCUAUGGAAAUACUGGGAUUCGUGAUGUACACCUGGAACUGAAGAAUUUGAUCAUGUGUGGACGCAAAGGGAAUUUGCAUUUUAUCCGUUUUCCAACACAUUCUAUGCCUAAGUUCAUUCAAAUGGGUAGAGACAAAAAUUUUUCCAGUUUGCAUACCACGAUGUGUGCCACUGGGGGUGGGGCCUACAAGUUUGAGGAUGACUUCAGAAAGCUGGCUGAGUUGCAACUUCUCAAGCUGGAUGAGUUGGACUGUUUAAUCCAAGGUCUGCUUUACAUUGAUUCAGUUGGGUACAACGGUCAGUCCGAAUGUUACUACUUUGAAAAACCCACUGACCUCGACCAGUGCCAGAAAAAGCCGUAUUGCUUGGAUAACCCUUACCCUAUGUUGCUGGUCAACAUAGGUUCAGGGGUCAGUAUCUUGGCUCUUUAUUCUAAAGAUAAUUACAAAAGGGUGACUGGAACCAGUCUCGGUGGUGGAACUUUCCUUGGCCUCUGUUGUCUACUUACUGGUUGUGAGACCUUUGAAGAAGCUUUGGAGAUGGCAGCAAAAGGAGACAGUACCAAUGUAGAUAAAUUAGUUAAAGAUAUCUAUGGAGGAGAUUACGAACGCUUUGGUCUACUUGGAUGUGCAGUAGCGUCCAGCUUUGGUCACAUGAUGAGUAAAGAGAAGCGAGAUUCCAUUACUAAGGAAGAUUUGGCUAGAGCGACACUGGUCACUAUAACAAACAAUAUUGGAUCAAUAGCUCGAAUGUGUGCACUGAAUGAGAAUAUCGACAGAGUGGUAUUUGUAGGAAAUUUCUUGAGAAUUAAUAUGGUCUCCAUGAAAUUACUUGCCUAUGCAAUGGAUUAUUGGUCGAAUGGGCAACUGAAAGCCUUGUUCUUGGAACAUGAGGGCUAUUUUGGAGCAGUCGGGGCAUUGCUGGAAUUAUUGAAGAUGACAGAUGUACACUGAAGUGCUGAGUAGACCACAACUAUCAACAAAACUUGUCAUUAUAUGAAAAGCUGCUGAAUGGAAAUUAAUGGCAAAGUGAACUCCUCUAACCAAACAAUUAACUAAUAAUUUUCACACAAUUUUACAGCAGGUCCUGUUCUGCUGCACUGAGACUCAUUUCAAAGGGAUAUUAAAUAACCCACUGUUGUAAAUACUGUAGCAAUUUUAAACCAUGCAAAAUAGCCAAAACACACUGGUUUCAUGUAUUAAUAAUGGAAAAUAAUUACUGUAUAAAUAUGGGCUGAAUUUUUUUCCCUUUUCUGGGAUGUACUGCCUUGUGAAUGAUCAAACUGUAAUCAUUUUAAGUAUUAUUUAUAAAUGACCUGAAAGAUUUAAAUUCUUUCUUAUCUUAUUUCAAACCCUGCCCUUGAUUUCAAAUGAAACUACAAAACUGAAGUAUUGUGAAUAUUGCAGCACAUAGAUUUAUGUUGCCUUUUUAAAACUGUGCUGAAUAAGACUUUAUAAAUGAUUUUCUUUGAAAACACACGCAUACACACACACACACCCACCCACCCCCCCA